AUGCGUUCUAUAUUGAAAAGGAGACCUGGAGAAGAGACAGCCAGAUGUCUGUCCCCAAACAAGCUCUCGGCAAAGAGCUGCAGUCUGAGAGGUGGAGGGUACAAACAGACAAGGAGAGUUACAGGCCAGAAGAUCCAUGCUCUCGGAAAGCCGCCUGCCCACCCAUCUGGUGCUGCCCAGAGGAAUGCUGGUCGCCUUAGCCGCCUUUCCUCAGCACACAGCCAGAAUGUGGCAGAAACCCUGGCUAAGCACAGUGGGAAGCCAAAGAAAGCUGAGGAAAAGAAAAGGAGUCGCGUGACAUUCAGCUUGACAUUACCUGACCUCGGGUCCUACCAGUCUUUCACCUCCAUAGACGAUGACUUUGAUGAAACCAGCAGGGUUCCCGUCUUCAAACCUGAGCUGGUCACUGCUCACUGCUUCAGGCGGUUGAAGGAGAAAGACUUCCACCUGCCAAAGAGCCGCCGGCGGAUCAUCAUUGUGCCUGGCACAAAGGACCAAGUGUCAGUCCAGCCCACAAUCCCUCCUGAAGCUCCCCUUCCACUCAUGCCCAGCUUCAAAGUUCUGGAUACUGGAGACACCCAAGAGCUACCAGUGGACAUGAAGGUGUGGCUGAGUCAGAGGGCAAAGCUGCGGCGGCAGCUGGAGACAUUUGGUGACGUCAAGGCAUGGCUGAAGAAUAAACCCUCCAUCACAUCAUCAGAGGCCAAGGUUCUGUCUGUGAUUCGCCAGGAGCAGAAAGCCCCAAAACGUACCUUGAUUUCAGUCCGGAGACCCAAGGGCAAAGUUCAAAAAUAUGUCCGCCCAGCUGUACCCCAGUUGCGACUGCCUAAGCCCCCUGUCCUGUCUGACAUGUAUGCCUACCUGCGUAGUCGAAAGAUCAAGAUCCUGGAGAUAUUUAGCAAGGGGGAGCGGGGUGAGAAUCAGCGCGUCACCAGAGAGGAAUUUCUCAUGGCUCUGAAGGCAGUCGGAGUUCCUCUGAAGAGCCAGGAGCUGGAGGACAUCAUCAUCUACCUUGGCUCCCUUGGGAAGCAGAAUGCCAUCACCACAGAAGCCCUGGCCAGCACCUACAAGCAGUGGUCACUGGCUCAGCAGAAAAGCACCAUACCGAGUGCCAAGGAGUAUUACAGUUUGUCUACAAAGAAAACUUCCCGGAAGCAGAGCCCUAAAAAGCAGCAGGCUAUCUCCUCCCCACAGCCUCCCGAGAUGGACCUGCUGAAGGUGCCUGAGGUUGAUACGAAGAUGGAGGGGCGGCCCAUGUCAGAGGAAGACAUGGAGGAUGUUGGCAGACGCUACCGAGAGAGGCGGAGGCAGUACAAGCUCUCUCUCCCCUCCAUCCAAUACGUGGAGAACUGCCGGCUGGUUCGAUCUGGGACGAAAGAGUUUGACAACCACUGCCUGCCGUCCACCAUUUCUGGGGAGAUGGAAGAACUGCUCAACAUGGCCCGCAGGGAUGACUUCCUGGUCUACCUGCAGUGCUGGGAACUCUGUGAGGCCUAUGGCCUCCCGCUGACUGAAGAUAUCCUCAUGAGAGCACUGCUGUAUCCAGGAGACAAGAUAAUUUCUCUGAAAGAAGAAGUGCGCCCGAUCCGGCAGCCUGGAGGCUAUUAUAUAGACCAGAGGAUUGUGCACAGCCUGGCUGGAUUCAGAAACCUCCAAAAGCACGGGGGGAAGAAGCGAGACAAGAAAACAUCAAAGAAAAUGAAGAAAAUGCACUUUCACGAUUUCGAGGAAUUUACUGGGAAGCUUAAGUCGAAGAGGCUAAGCGGUCCCUCAUGCACCCACCCCAAUCACUUCUGGCCCGGUCACCUUCUGGACAAGCUGAGGCUCUACCUGCCCACUGUGGCCAAGGACCGGAGCCUGGCGAUCUUCAGCUGUGUAGAGCAAAAGCCCCCUGUUUACUCUGCCAUCUACCACUCUAAGGACUGGUGGCCCAUGAAAGACUUCGCUUACGUGACCCAUGCCUAUUAUGAUGCAAACAAGGUGUACUCCAUCAACUAG